CCCCCCCCCCCCCCCCCCUGACAUUUUGCUCUUUCAGCCUGCAAUGUCCUUCUUCUCGCGGUUCCACCACUCGAAUCCUGCCCCUGGCCGACUUGCGAAGCCGACCAGGUCUGGUAAGCCGCCCCCGUUCAUCCUCACGGUAACCUUGGAGCUGCCCCCAAUCAUCCUUUAUGGACCUCCCACCCAGUCCACCGGCUCCCUCCUCUCUGGACUACUCCGCUUGGAGGUCCCAGAACCCUUCCUUGAUCUCUCCUCCAUCUCUUCGUACCCAGCAUCCGGUAGCUCCUCCAUCGCGGUCUCCCCCCAGCUAAUGCCCGUCCGUUCGCACCAAGUAACCUCCUCAACAGCCACAUCUGUGCAAAUCAACAAGGUCACGCUUUAUCUCCAGCAAACGAUCCAGUAUGCGAAACCCUUUGUGGCGCCAUCUACUGCGCUUGCCUCCUGCGCCGAUUGCCGCACGCAGACCACGGAGCUUGCGCGCUGGGACGUACUCACGCAGCCGGCACAAUUCCAGCAGGGCUCACAGGCGUUUCCUUUCUCACACUUGCUUCCGGGCUCCCUUCCUGCGAGUUCGCACCUUGGACUGAACUCUAGCUCGUUCAUCCGUUAUCAGCUUGUGGCCGAGGGCUCCACCGGCGCCCAGACCAUCCGAUGCGUGCUUCCGCUUCACAUUCUGCGCUCCAUCCUCCGCGGGCCGGACCGGACAUCUCUCAGAGUGUUUCCUCCAACCGAUGUGACGGCCACUGCGGUGUUGCCCAACGUGGUCCACCCGAAGUCACACUUCCCGCUUGAGAUCAAGUUAGACAACAUCACCACCAAGGAACGACGCUGGCGCAUGCGCAAGCUCAGCUGGCGGAUCGAGGAGACCGUCAAGGUCAGGGCCAGCGCGUGCAAAAACCACAUAUUUAAGCUCAAGGUUGUGGAGCAGCACCAGCGUAGCGUAAAGUCCCUCCCGACCAAGAGCGCCCCAGGAAACAGCGGUUACCACCCGGUCCAGACAUCCAUGUCGGUUACCCCUGCGCCUGCCCCGGUCAUGGGACCCGCCAGCAACCCUGACGAGACUGGUGAUCGCGAUCUCGAGUACGACGAGGCGGCCGAGAGACAUCCGGCCGAGAGGCAUCCGGCCGACGAUGAGGCAAGUACUCCCGGUACCCCGGGAACCCCUCAAACGACGCCUGCCGCGGACCACUUGUACGUGGAGGAAGUCCGAACCGUGACCCACGGCGAGGUCAAGUCCGGGUGGAAAUCAGACUUCUCGGGCCGGGGCAAGAUCGAACUCGUCGCAGAAAUCAACGCGAUCGAGCUAUCCACCGGGAUCAACCAGCAUAUUGCUGCGGCCUCAAGCGCUGGAGAUAUGAGCGAGCCGGGUACCCCAGUAUUAGCCAGUUCUGGAGCCUCGUCCGCAUCGUCAGUCGCCUCCAAGUACGGCCUUCCAAACGUCUCGUGUGACAUUGACGACCCGACGUUAGGGGUUCAGGUCAGCCACAUGCUCAUUGUCGAGGUGGUGAUUGCCGAGGAGUUGCUCCAGAGCGCAGUGGGCGGUGGUCUCCAUUCGACAGCUCCGUCUCCGGCGCCCUCACGCCCCGGAACGCCGUCUGUAGGCAGCCCUGCGCCGGCGCCUGUCGCGACAGUUGUGGGGAUCCCCACCGGUGCGGCCAGAGUGCUUAGGAUGCAGUUCAAGCUUUUCUUAACGGAGAGAUCCGGGUUAGGGAUUUCGUGGGAUGAUGAGGUGCCCCCAACGUAUGAAGCCGUUAAAGCGCUUUCGCCCCCAAUGUACUCCACCGGGACGGAAACACCGAUGUUUGGCAGCGUCAGCAUGUUGAACACGCCGGUGAUGCGUACGCUGGGUGUGUUGAUUGGUAGCACGCCAGGAGCUUCGGGGAUCGAUAAUGUUUUGGAUGUAGACGAGAGAAUCCAGGAGUUGAACUUGUAAAUGCGAGGCGUUUGGUAUUUGAAAUAGAUAAUGAGUCAUGAUGGAAAGAACCAGGUGUAGAUGGAACUUCGGCUUUAAAUUGGGUUAGAUUCCGAUAGGAAAGGGGUUAUACGUUAUGAUAAUCAUGCACUUGGAACAACAUAACUGGGGGUUUAAGUUAAAUAUAGAACUUGUGCUCCAUAAUCCCC